AUGCUGUGUAAAUGUGAGGAACAUGGCAAACCGAAAAGCGCUCAGUACUGGCCGUUAGUGGAAGGAAGUUAUAAAACAUAUGGCUCCAUGUUCGUCAAUAAUAAAAGAGUCGAAUGCAAAGAUAAAUUUAUGUCGUACGUUUUGGAAAUAUUGCCGGAUGGUUGCUCGAAUUCGAUAAUUUUGACAUUGCUCCAUAUGACGGAUUGGCCAGACCGGGGAGUACCAGCCAGUGGUCGUAGCGUCCUGAGACUUCUUCGACUCAUCGAACCUGUAAAAUCUCUAAUUGUAUUUACAUAUUUCUGGACGCCAGACCUAAAACAAAUGCGUGCAGCGAUUUAG